UUUGAAAGGUUGAACUGAAGUGUAUGAUUGAUCAUGGUUCAACAAUGUACCCAGCAAGAUCUAAACAAAUGCCCCCAGAUGGGAGAAGUAGACAGUACAUGAAUUCUGGUGUUGAGGAUUUACAUAAUGACAGUUGCCUCAUGGCAGAUUCGUAUAAUGAGCACCAAGUUGAUAGAGACUGGGUUAGAAGGUUAAAUAGAGAUAGGGAUUCAAAGUCAAAUCGCUAUCGAGAUCAUCGGUAUAAGGAUGAUGACAGUUUUCCUGAGGAUAGUUCUUACAAGGAUGAAGACUUUUCCAGAGAAAGGUAUAGUUAUGACAAUCCUAAAGGGAAAUAUCAAAGAAAUGAUUAUAAGAGAUAUUCAGGUGUUGACAAGCGGUCAUACAGAGAUGACUCCUCAGAUAGGAAGGGUCAUGUGUCACAGGGCAGUUAUCCGAAAGCUUCCCAUGAUGGUACAGAUUUGAACAAGUCAAAGCAUCAGUCAGGAGACCCAAAAGAUAUGAAGAAUUCAAGAGAGAGUCUACGAGAGGACAAAGAACCUCGUUCAAGAUCAAGUGGUGGUGUUAGAGAGAGGGGCUAUUCAGAGUCUUCAGUGGAAUCAAGAAGUAGUGGAAGGAGCUCAAAGUGUUCAAAAGAAUUGCAGGAAGGCAGAGAUUCAAAGCAUGGCCAGGGUGGUAAAGAUAGGAAUAAAAGAGAAAGCAAUUGGAGUGGAUGUGAGGAUGAUGGUACAGAAAACAUGAACUGCCUAGAACACGCUAGUCGUACUCCCAUAGGAGGAAGCCGAGAUGGCGACAAUUACAGAGACCAAGUACCUAAUAACACCAUUAUGAUUAGAGGCUUAGCACAGCAUAUUACAGAAAACGAUAUUCGACAAGAUAUACUGAGAUGUGGACUAAUGCCAAAAGACAUACGACUUAUAAGAAAGAAAGAUACAGGUACAUCUCGAGGCUUUGCAUUUGUGGAAUUUAAUACACUUCAGGAAUCUUCUCAGUGGAUGGAAAUGAAGCAUGGUGUGUUGAUGCUGCAGGAUCAUUAUCGAGCUGUGAUGCAUUUCAGUAUUCCAAAGGAUUCACAGAUGGAUAGAACAUCUCUGAAGUCAAACCAAGAUUGGCAUUGUAUCAGAUGUGGUGCACACAACUUUAAAAGAAGGGAUGCUUGCUUUAAAUGUUAUACUUCCCGACAGGAAUCAGAAGGUGGGGAGGGUAGCGCAGAAGUCAGUUUUCACCCAACCCCCACAGUUUUAUUACGAGGAUUGGAUGUUCUGUCCACUGAAGAUUCAGUAUUGCAAGCCAUUAAAUCAAUCUCGUCUGUUCCCAUUCGCAGUAUCCGUAUCGGUCAAGAUGCCCUCACCAACACUUCAAGAGGAGUCUGUUAUCUGGAAAUGAACAAUGUUAUGGAUUCCAUUUAUAUGCAUAACGCAUUAAUAGCGACACCACCAUUAGUGGAUGGCAGAAAAGUCCUUGUUUCAUAUUGUAAAGCACAACAUGACCUCCCUGGUAUUGGUAGUUCAGUGAGUAGCAUUGCAACAGCAGCAGCUGCAGCUGGAAUGGACAUGGAUGCAGUGGCCCAGUAUAGUCACCUUCGCAAAUCGACAAGUGGAGAUCUGACGGAGUACAACUUGGAGGAUGUUCCUCGCCUGGCCGACUACUGUGCUUCACUGUAUGCAACAUCACCUGCUGAAUAUACUGCAUAUCAACAAUACUAUCGACAGUACUACCACACUCGGAUAUCACAAGGCAGGUCUGUCACAUUACCGACACAGUCGCAGGCAGAUUGUGUCAAUGCUGCAGCAGCUGUAGCUCAGUCUGCCAUUCAGCAGGUACAAGCUGCCAAGGAAAUCAAGAAACAAAUUGAAGACCCCCAGCUGCUCAGAGCAGGUGAUAAAUUAGCAUAUGAAGUGGUGAAAAUAGCACAGAUGAAGACCCAGAAUUCAUCAGUGCAACCAAAGAGUACAGACCAGGACGUUGCACCUGGUUCAGUUGCACAGUCAAGUAUCAGUAAUCAGAAGUGUAGUGCGCCAGAUGUUAGCUCAUAUCAGUAUGACAAAACUUCUGGUUAUUACUAUGACUCACAUACAGGGCUGUAUUAUGAUGCAAGUACGCAGUACUUUUAUAACUCUCAGACACAACAAUUCCUGUACUGGGAUACAGAAAAACAAUUAUAUCUUCCAGCUACAGUGUCGUCAGAAGAUUCAAGUGCCAGUAAAGAGGAAGGAAAGAAAGUUAAAGAGAAAGAUAGACAAGAUAAGGUCAAAGUAGCUAAGAAAAUAGCGAAGGACAUGGAACGGUGGGCUAAAACUUUGAAUCAGAAGAAGGAUAAUGCUCGUCAAAAUUUGGCCGUCGAUGCUGUUAUACUGCCAUCUUCUAAAUCAGUAGGUGCAGCUGAUGCUGGAUAUGCAGUCCUGGAGAGGAAGGAACGGCAACCUGUUGACAUCCAAGUGGUGCCCUCCAGUGAGCUGGAAGAGAGGCAGCUGGAGUCCUCAUCACAGCAGGGUGGUAGUAGUGGCAUUUGGGGUGCCAGUAAUAACGGUAGUGCAUGUGCUUUGGUUGCAGCAUAUGGUGGUGGUAGUGAGAGUGAUGAAGAGAUAGAAGAUGUAGUUCAAGAAGAUAGACAACACACUAACUGGGUGAAGCUUGCGUGCUUGUUGUGUAAGCGCCAGUUUCCUACCAAGGAAUCUUUAGUGAGGCAUCAGCAGUUUUCAGAUUUGCACAAACAAAACUUGGAAGGGUGGUAUCGUGUUCGAGGAUUGGAUCCUCAUGAUCCUCAACAGAGGAAUAAGAAGUACCGGGACCGAGCUAAGGAACGACGCCAGAAGUUUGGGGAACCAAAUCAGCCUCAUCCAAACCAUUUAAAAGAAAAAUAUCUCAAGACAAGAGAAGAAGUUGCUUCCAUAUCAUAUGAAGAGCCAACAAGGUCUGGUAUUGGGUCAGAUAAUGUUGGUAAUAAGUUGUUACAAAAAAUGGGUUGGCAAGAAGGGAUGGGUUUAGGCAAAUCUAAUCAGGGACGAACUUCAAUCAUUCAGGCAGAACAUCGUGUAAGCACAGCAGGCCUUGGUGUUAAAGGAGGAACUUACGGGGCACUUCCAGGAGAAACUUACAAGGACUGUGUAAAGAAGAUGAUGUUUGCUCGCUAUCAGGAGCUCACUGAACAGGAAGAAGGCAGCUGAGAUUGGCGAGUGGAACAUCACAAUAAACUGAAAAAAAAACUUUUUCCAUAAAGUGUAGGAUUGGUAAUUAUGCACAUUUCAUUAGGACAGUUGGAUGUAUGAAAACCUGAAUGUAGGAGUAUGUGGGUUUUUAAUUUCACAAUUAAUCAGUUAUAACACAGUAACUCAACAGAUUCUUAUGCAAAUAAAUUAGACCCUUAGUUAGUUGUAAAUAAUUUGGUAUUAUUAUAUGGCCAUCAACACAAUAUCCAAAUAUAUAUAUACUAAUAUUACUGUA